GGGAGAAUCCCGAAAGCGCCGCGUGCUGGUCGGAGGGAGGGGCGGAAGUGCAGGAAGUGCGCGGCUCGAGCGGCUCGAGUGGGGAUGUGUCGAAGAGCGAGCGCUACGUUCUCCGUGAAGUGUUGGAUUAACGGAACUACCUCGGGACAGACGGACCCGAGCGAUCGUAACUAAUAACGGAGGCUACACACUCCACCACCGACCAUCUGGCACGUAGUCUACCAGCGCGCACACGUAAACACUCGAAAACAUUCACACUGAAACUCCGCGGCCCAACCACACACACACACUGCAUUAUGCACGCGGACUGCAGGCUGGUAUGGACGCGUCGGUAAUGGUGGGGCGAGGAACCGGUGGGGCAGCAGUCCUCUUCAUCCUCACGAUCGGCAUCCUCCUCAGCGCGAGAAGCUCGCGAGCGCAGAAAGGUGACGGUUGUGGUCACACGGUGUUUGGCCGUGGCAGUGGGAGUGUGUCAUCGCUGGGUUAUCCUCAGUGGCUAUGCAGCACGUGUGUGUGUGAGUGGGAGAUAACGGUGGACGCAAAACACACCGUCCUGCUCCACGUGGCCGACUUGAACAUCCAGCCCCACGACUGCCAGAUCACCUACCUCAGAAUCUACAACGGCAUCGGGCCGCACAGAUCAGAGCUCGUUAAGCUUUGUGGGAAGAAUCUGGAGAUUCCUGAUCUGAUCCAUUCCCAUGGCAACCAGGUGACUAUCCAGUUUAUGAGUGGACCACACAGCAAUGGGCGGGGCUUCUUCCUAUCCUACUCCACCAAUGAGCACCCAGAUGUCAUUUCUUGUCUGGACAGAGGAGUGAACUUCACUGAUGCUGAAUUCAGUAAGUUCUGUCCAGCUGGCUGUCUGACUGGCUUUGGGGAAGUCUCUGGCACUGUACCACAUGGCUACCGAGACUCAUCUGUGUUAUGUCUGGCUGGUAUUCACGCUGGUGUUGUAUCAGACGUGGAGGGAGGACAGAUCAAUGUGGUCAGCAGCAAAGGCAUCCCCCAUUACGACAGCACACUGGCCAACAACGUCACAUCUGUCAUUGGUGCCUUGUCUCCCAGCCUUUUCACCUUCAAGACAAGUGGUUGCUAUGGCACUCUUGGCCUGGAGUCAGGCGUGAUCCGAGACACGCAGCUGUCUGCAUCCUCCGUUUGGGUGUGGUACCAUGGCAACAGCCUCGGCAGUGAGAAUGACAUCGGAGCGGCCCAGCAGCAGUGGGGGGCCACGGGGGCCCGCCUUAAAAGGGCGGGGCUUCCAUGGGCGGCGGCUCAUGCCGACCAACAGCAGUGGAUCCAGGUGGACCUGAAGAGAGAGAAGAAAAUCACAGGAAUCAUCACCACAGGCUCCACCCUCCAAGACUAUCAGUUCUAUGUGUCAGCCUAUCGGGUGCUCUACAGACUUGACGGGCAGGACUGGACCACCUAUCAGGAAGCCAACACAAAGCAGGAGAAGGUCUUCCAAGGCAACACCAACUAUUUCCAGGAAGUGCGCAAUAACUUCAUCCCACCAAUCAGGGCGCGUUAUAUGAGGAUAAGCCCCUCCCAGUGGCACCAGAGGAUCACGCUGAAGUUGGAGCUUCUGGGAUGCCAACUUCCUGUGUCGCCGCCGGUCCACUCCACGACCCAACCUCCCUCAAAGCUGAGCACACGGCGCCCUCUACUGGAGCUCAGCACACACACACCAGAGAUCCGGAACAACACUCUGCCGCCUCACACAGGAGAUGUUGCCAUGGCUGCGGUGCUGGUGCCUGUGUUGGUGAUGCUACUGACUGCUCUGCUCCUGACGGCUGUGUGCAGCUGGCACUGGAAGAACAGGAAGAACCCAGAGGUGACCUAUGAGCUGCCACACUGGGACCGGACAGUCUGGUGGAAGAGCAUGAAGCAGCUGCUCCCCUCUAAGCUGUCAGAGGGGGAGGAGUGUGUCAGGUACAGCAGCUCCGGCCAAGUCGGCCGUCUCAGAGCAAACCAGAGAAUACACACUGAACCCGCAGAGUAUGCCCAGCCUCUGGUUGGGGGGGUCAUGACCUCUCUAGGGGUGAGGUCAACCUUUAAGCCGGAGGAAGGGGAGGAGCCUCCCUAUGACUCACCUUUGACCCCUGACCUUCUGUGCCACGCCUAUGCCGAGCCCCUCCCUGCCUCUGGUGUGGAGUACGCCACCCCCAUCGUGAUUGACAUGGCCAACCACCAGUCAGGAGGGCCCAUGGGGUUUGCAGGGCGGGCCCUUCUUGCACGGACAGAGAGCGGCCAAUCAGCGAGUUCCCUCUAUGACACGCCCAAAACCACUCCUGGUCAGGCCACGCCCAGUGCAGGACAGGCCUAUCAGGUGCCACAGAACAGCUCCCAGAAUGCAUCAGGUGUCAGCUGAAGGGAUGGAGCAGAGCAGCUGGAGAACUUGACCAAUAAGAGGAAGGCGUUUGCUUCUUGCCAGACAUUUACCAAACACUACCUUCUUGUAUAUAUAUGUGUGUGUGUGUGUGUGUGUGUGGCGUGUGUGUGUGUGUGUGCUUGAUUGUUUAUGUCUCUACAGAGUAUAUGUAUUUCAAACGUGUGUGUAUCAUUAUCAUCCACACGUUUGGAUCGUGCCGAAACAGUCCUAUCACUGAUGUUAACACAAAGGAAUGUUCACAGAGAGAGCGAGGGAGAGAGAAAGAGAGAAAGUAGCCAAUCACUACUGUGUCUUGCAUGACCAUGUGUGUUGUAAUGUACUGUGAGUUUGUUUUUCUCACUGAAACUCUUUGGACUGAAAAGCGUUGGCCACCCAAAGCCAUUCGCAGAGUUUCUGUUGAGUGUUUCUGUUUCUGUCUUGUGAAAAGCGUUGACCACCCAAAGCCAUUCGCAGAGUUUCUGUUGAGUGUUUCUGUUUCUGUUGUCUUGUGAAAAGUGUUGGCCACACACUUCCACCCCCUGGGUUUUCCUGCCUGCCUGGUGAGAAGCACCGACCACAGAGUGGAGGGGGCACAGAACAUCUACCCAAAGAGUUUAGAUAGGCGCAGCACGACACUUCAUGGCAAUGCUUGUCUAUGGGAGCAGACAGGAGGGUGGUGGUUUGGUCAGCAGAAAGGGGCGCGGUGCGACCAAACGUUUGAAUCCUAUGCCUGAAUUUACUUUAGUAAAGGUCGAAUGAGUUGGAAUUUUAAAAUAGAACUUACCCAGAGCUCAUCGUUGGAUCCAUUAUCAGAGAUAUCUUCAUAAUAUACAUGUCGGACAUGUCGGUCUGUUGUUUUUAUGCCAAUUUGUUGUGCUAGCAAAAUCCCAUUUGCUAGCUAGCUAAUGCUAGUUAUGGAGGUGACUAACGCUGUCACGUAGUGUUUGGUCCUCCACGCUAGCUUAUGCUAGUUAUGGAGGUGACUAACGCUGUCACGUAGUGUUUGGUCCUCCACGCUAGCUUAUGCUAGUUAUGGAGGUGACUAACGCUGUCACGUAGUGUUUGGUCCUCCACGCUAGCUUAUGCUAGUUAUGGAGGUGACUAACGCUGUCACGUAGUGUUUGGUACUCCGCUAGCUUAACAGUUUCACUAAAUGCACAUUGAGAUCUUGAUUUUGUUCUUACUGGAUUUAAGAAAUGUCAGAGCUUCCUAUGCUAGCCUGUAGCCCUGACAGACUAGACUAGACAGACUAGACUAGACUAGACUAGACAACUAUCCUUGUCAAGCAAAAGCGUGUACAUAGCAACUGGGCAGCAGACUUAGACAGUUAGGUGCACACCUAAAAUAAACUUUUAAGAAGAAAAUGUGUUUAAAUGAGGCAAAAGGUUUUGGGGAUUAUGAUAAAGUGUCCAACAGGUAUGUACCUAACCACAGAGGGACAGGAGGUUAUCAUAUGGAUUGAAACCUUGAGAUAUUCCCAGAGGUCAAAUCUUUGAUCUGCCUGUUUGGUCAAAUGUGAUGGCCAACCAGUAGCUCCCAUGGGUUCUUGCCUGUAAGGCAGCUUGCCUUUAUGCUCCUAGGGCAUCAUCCAGGGCCUCAUCUAAGGCCCAAUCUAAGGCCCAAUCUAGGGCCUCAUUACGGUACAGAAAUAUGCUCUAGUGCGAGAGCCUCCUGCUCCGCCUCCUCUACUCUGGGUCCAAACAGCCUUCAGCCCCUUAUUGUACAUAAAGUGAAAUAGAAAAAAAAUAGAACCUGUGUUAUUUUUUUUUUUCCUUUUUUGUAUAUUUUUAAUUUAUUUUUUUCCCACUUUUAUUACCUGCUGAAAUAAACACGCGCACACACACACACACACACACACACACACACACACACACACACACACACACACACACACACACACACACACACACACACAAGCAGAGGGGCCCAAACAGUGAUCGUAGUCCCUCCGGCGAGGCUGGCCAAAAGAAAGCUAACCGGGGUUAAUGCACUGUAGUCAUGGUUACACUGUUGUUGUAAAUGCCUUACCAAAGUAAAAUGGCAUUCUAAACAGAAGCCAGAUAAAAAAUAGUCAAAGGACCCAGUGGUGCCCAUAUAUGUGCCUGACUGGACUGAAUCUGCCAGGCCCAGACUUGAACUUCAGAAGCAGAUGUCGUUUAUAUCCCGAGUUAGCUUUCUUCUGUGCUCUCUGCUCCUGGACCCUUAAGCUGGCCUGGCCCUGAUGGGUCGUGUCUGCCAGACCAGGGCCAGAGCUCAGCCGCAUCCGCACCACAGUCAGUUGCUCUCAGUGGCGUUUGAGCGCUCUGCCUUCUCUCUGGCUCUGUCCAAAAUGGAAGGCCUGCUGCCUGCUGCCUCGCUACCUUCAGCGGUCUAACAAGUCAGUUGCCUUAGCAGGUACCAUGGAACCUUCUACCAACUUUGUAUCCAAUGUUUUGUUGCUAAGAUACUGACAAUGGACAAAGUCUAAUAGAAUUGUGGGAGUGAAGGAUGCAUGUAUGCUGCCUUCAACAUUCAGCCAGACCAAGGUCUCUUAGAAGGCAGGAUUUCAUACAGAUAUUUGAUUCGGACACACAUGCACAGUACAUACACACACACACACACACACACACACACACACACUCAUGUGUGUAUUGAUCACAGCGUCCCCCUCCCCUCUGCACUAGAGGUGCUCAUUGAGACGACCUCUGAGCUAGAGGUGCUCGUUGAGACGAUCUCUAAGCUUAUUGAUCACAGCGAGCGGUACUGAGAUCCACCCACAUAGUGCGAUUAGUCAGCCUGUUUCAGUGUCUCUGUGUGCGUUUAAUCAUGUCUAAGUGUCUGUAUGUGGGAAGAGGCUGGGGAUUUUACAUUGAUUUGUGUACGUAUGUGUGUGUAUAGAAUUUAUUGUGUUUGUUUGGGUGAUUGGUGUGUCUGUGGGAGGUGUGAUGGGGGUCGAAAUGGCUGUUGUCAAUGUCAGUUUGUGUGUGUGUGUGUGUGUGUGUGUGUGUGUGUGUGUGUGUGUGUGUGUGUGUAUUUUUAGUUUUACCACAGGUACCUGCAUGUCCAUGUCUGCAUCACUGCGUGUGUGUGUAUGUAAUGUGAAGGCUAUGUGUGUCUGCACCACUGCGUGUGUGUAUGUAAUGUGAAGGCUGUGAGUGUUUACAGGUUACUGUAUGAAGCUCCUGUUCGAUGCCAUACGAUUGUAAACAACAAACAACAACAUCCUGAGGAGUGUUUAGAUCCACCUGUACUGAGGACGUGUUUGUUUCUGUUCUGAUCAAAGUUUAUUAGCACAUAAUAAAAACACCAUGGGGAGAA